AUGAGUAAAAACAUUUUUCGCAUCUUCAACCCUGGCGAACCGAAGGAAAAUCCCGUGGAGAAAAGACGGGCCCAGCUGCGUCGUGCACAACAGACAUAUCGCAAUCGCAAAGACAGAUAUACGAGGACUUUAGAAGAAGAACUCGCCAAAUCCCGCUCAAAAGAAGCUGAGUUGAUGCGCGAGAACCAACAGCUACGCAAUGCUCUCCAACAAUUAUCCCAGCAGCAAGGCAUCGGUAUGGCCAUUGACAACACGCCUGACUAUGCACCCUCCGAUAGUAUCGCCUUGUCCAGAACAGCAGGUUCAUCAAAUGGCACAUCACCAUUUUACUUCAGCGACAUGAGUUCCCAACCCCAGAACACAAUGCCGUCUCCGCAGUUAAUAUCUCCGGAAUUCUACGGUACAUUUCCUGUACCCGAUAAUCAUGAUAGGGCGCCUAUUUUGUUUGGACAGGGAGGAGUCGCGUAUAAUUGCCGGGUAAGCGAUGUGGAUCAAGUAGUCGCAGGCAUGGAGUUUGUCCUAAAGAUUGAAGAGCCUUGUCUGGACCAUUUACAUGGUGACUUGGAUAAACCUUUUGAGCCGAGUAAUCAUGCUUUGAGUGCCUCUUCUCAACUCAUGGCAGCGUGCGAUUAUCCAUCGCCUACUAUCAGCUCGCCUCCGCCUAUAUCUGCGACGUUCAACAGUUUACCCACGCAGAUGCUCGAGAGGCUGUUGAGUCUUGCGCCGGAUUUGUCGAGUGAGGGUGAGAUGACGCCGAUUCAAGCGUGGAAUACUAUUCGAUUACGACCGGACUUUGGAGGGUUUGAUACGAGGAGUUUGGGUGCUCUUGCGAGGAAGUUGAAGAAGGCGGUCAAAUGCCAUGGAUUUGGUGCAGUUGUAAAAGAGGCUGUUUUCGAAGGAUUGGUAUACGAGACACUCAUCACAGGGAAGCUGACAUGA